AUGAGUCAAGUGUGGGAUACGUUCUCCAAAGAUGAAUGUGGCCGUAGAGCUACAUGCACUAUUUGCAAUAAAAGCAUAUCAAAUGCAGGGACGAACACCACUAACUUGUGGAAUCAUUUGAAGGGUCUUCAUAAGGCAAAAUUCAACGAAUUAGAUCGGUUAAAAAGAGGAGUGCAAAAUAUAUUUGAUACGUCUGAAUUUGAAGACACAGGAACACUUUCAUCAACAGCUUCAACAUUAAUAGCGUCAACGUCAUCAACUUAUAGUUCAAUGACAUCUCAAGUGUUACCAGCUUUAGAACCUCUUUCUGAUACAAUCUUUAAUAAACAAACUUCAAUGAAAAUGUUUACCACUAGUCAAGCUACUAAAUUAAAAUUGGACAAAAUACUUGCCUAUACUAUAGCAAUUGAUAUGAUGCCAUAUAAUGUCGUUGAUAGGGAAGGGUUCCAGCUUUAUACACGAGCUUUGUGUCCUAGUUAUAAAUUGCCAAGUAGGAGGACAUUGACAGAUAGAAGAAUACCAGAUUUGUAUAAAGAAACCAAAAUGGUAGUUGAGAAUAUAUUAACAAAUCUGUCAUGCUUUUCACUUACCACUGAUUGUUGGACAUCGGUAUCAAACAAACCUUUUAUGGCUGUAACAUGCCAUUAUUUGAAUGCCGAAUUUAAAUUGGAUAAUGUUUGUUUGGGGUGUCAAGAAUUAAUAGAAAAUCAUACAAGUGAAAAUUUAUCUGAUGCAUUGCAAUUAAUGUUACUGGAGUAUAAUAAAGAUAUUGACAUAUGUAUUGGAGCAAUUACAACUGACUAUGGAGCUAAUAUAUUGAAAGCUGUUAAAAACCUUGAUGUUCCUCAUAUACCUUGCUUUGGCCACAGUUUUAAUACUGCAGUUAAAAAUGUUUUUAAAUUAGAACAAGUGAAUACUGCUAUAGAGAAAAUAAAAUCAAUCCAAAAUAUAUUUGCCUACAGUUGGAAAUCAGUUCGAGAGAUGGCCAUUGAACAAAAAAGAUUUGAUUUGAAACAAGUGAAAUUUCCAUCAUAUUCCAAGACCAGGUGGUGGUCUAUGUUGGAUCUCAUUUUGGUUGUUCUGUCUCAAGAACCGGCUUUAGCAUCAUUUUUAAGGACUUAUAAUAAUGGUUGUUUUAAAGAUCGAAUGAUUAAUGAACAAGAUGUGACAAUUCUUAAAACACUGAUAGACGUGCUUCAGCCUAUUAGAAAUAUAUCUGAUAACCUUGCAGGGGAAUCAUACGUUACAGCUUCGGCGAUACUUCCUGUCAUUAGUAUGAUUAAAACUAAACUAAAUGAAUGCGAUGCUGAUAAUGUAGUAAUUGAAGAUAAUGAUAUAGAUGUUGAUUUAAAAAAAAAACUGUUGAAAGUUGUUAUUGAUUUACUAAAUUCUCGUUACACAAAUAAUAAUUUAUUAAAAUUGUCGACUGCAUUGGAUCCUAGAUUUAAAUUUCAUCACAUUCAGUUUGGCAUUGCCGAUAAUGAAAUAAAAGAAAUUAUGGAAGACAAUUGUAAAAAGGCUUGGACUCAUUGGAAAUUAAAAACAAAUGUGAAUAGCGGAUGUAAUGAACCACCAACAAAAAGAAAAUUGACUGGUUUUUCAGCAAUUUUCAAUGUUGACACGGAACCACAAUUAACUCCUGGGGUAGUCACUACUGAGCAACUGAUUCAAAGAGAGAUAAACACAUACUUUGAACUACCGAAAGUCUCCUUUGAAAGAGACCCAAUUGCUUGGUGGUCACUGAACUGUAGUAUGUUUCCAUAUCUUUCGAUCCUAGCAAAACAAGUGUUGUGUUGUCAAGCAACUAGCAUUGCUUCAGAAAGGGUUUUCAGCAAAGCUGGUCAUAUUGUCAAUGACCAAAGGGCAGCACUCACUGAAGAACACUGCAGUCAAUUAAUAUUUAUAUCCAUGAAUAAAAAGCAUGUGAAAAUACCAAUUUUAUAA